GACCGAAAGAAUCCGAAGAUGGCCGAGCUUGGACGACGCCCCGGCUGGGAAACAGUUCGUGGGUUGCCUAUCAACCGAUCCCACACCGGCCCGACCCAACACAGCCAUGCUAGGGCUUGUGUCGUACAGAUGAGACACUAACUGAAUGAUGGACUAAUCCUCAGCGUUUUGUUUUUCCGAACACUAUUAAAUCGUUCUGAGGAAAUACCGAACUGGAAUUUUUAGAUUAUCACGGUUAUUUUUGGGAUAUUACUGAAGGAGCUAGCCGACAGCUACUUUGGCUUUAACCACUGCGGCCAGGUGGAGUUUCAGUAUGCAGCUGUACUGAGGAUGCUGGCUGUCUUUGCGUUGCUCAUGAUGGCUACGAGCAGUGAAGCGGAGUUCUGCCAAGGCUUUGAUAACUGCUCUAAAUCCAAUGGCUCAAAGGACUUUUGCUUUUCGGCCCGGAUCCGCAGCACCGUGCUCCAGGGCCUGCCCUUCGGAGGAGUGCCCACCGUACUUGCCCUGGACUUCAUGUGCUUCUUGGUGCUGCUAUGUGUGUUCUCUCUUUUGAGGAAGGUGGCGUUUGAUUAUGGCCGUCUUGCAUUGGUCUCUGAUGCCGACAGCCGUAGGCGGAAUCAGCACUAUCAACGUCUGGACGAGCAGGAAUAUGUGGCCUCCGCCAUGCAGACGCCUGCUGACUCGCGAUACGAGCGUCUCACCUCUGUGUCCAGCUCGGUCGACUUUGACCAAAGGGACAACGGCUUGUGUUCCUGGCUAACCGCCAUCUUCAGGAUAAAAGAUGAUGAGAUCAGAGAGAAGUGUGGUGAGGAUUCCGUGCACUACCUCUCAUUCCAGCGGCACAUCAUUGGUCUGUUGGUAGUGGUGGGCGUGCUCUCCGUGGGCAUCAUCCUGCCCGUCAACUUCUCAGGAGACCUAUUAGAAGAUAAUGCCUACAGUUUUGGGCGAACUACAAUAGCCAACUUAAAAUCUGGUAAUAACCUGCUGUGGCUGCACACUACAUUUGCCUUCUUCUAUCUGUUACUGACUGUGUACAGCAUGAGGAGACACACAUCAAAGAUGCACUAUAAAGAGGACGACUUGGUGAAACGCACUUUAUUCAUUAACGGGAUCACAAAAUAUGCAGAAGAGAGUCAAAUAAAGCAGCAUUUUGAGAAAGCAUAUGAAAACUGCAUGGUUCUGGAUGCUCGCAUUUGUUACGACGUUGCCAGGCUUAUGUCCCUGGAGUCUGAAAGGAAAAAGGCAGAACGCAGCAAAAAGUUCUACACAGACCUGAUGGCCAAGGAACACAUGGCCACUAUGAUUAACCCUAAACCCUGCGGCCACCUCUGCUGCUGCAUCAUCGCGGGCUGUGAGCAGGAAGAGGCUGUGAACUACUACACUAAGCUUGAGGCCAAACUGAAGGAAGAAUACAGAAAAGAACGAGAAAAAGUCAACACUAAACCUCUGGGAAUGGCUUUUGUUACCUUCCAGAAUGAAGCAAUGACAGCCCUCAUCCUGAAAGAUUUUAAUGCGUGUCAGUGUCAGGGCUGUCACUGUCGACGAGAGCCAAAGUGCUCCCCCUUCAGCAGCCUCCUCAACACAAACAACUGGACAGUCACAUACGCUCCAGAUCCACAGAAUGUUUACUGGGAGCAUUUGUCCAUCGGUGGCCUCAACUGGUGGCUCCGCUGCUUUGUCAUCAACUGCUUUCUCUUCAUCUUGCUCUUCUUCCUCACCACCCCUGCCAUCAUCAUCUCCACCAUGGACAAGUUCAACGUCACCAAACCCGUGGAGUACCUGAACAACCCCAUCGUCACUCAGUUCUUCCCCACCCUGCUGUUGUGGUGCUUCUCGGCCCUUCUUCCCACCAUCGUCUACUACUCCGCCUUCUUUGAGGCCCACUGGACACGAUCUGUAGAGAACAGAACCACCAUGCACAAAUGCUACACCUUCCUCAUCUUUAUGGUUCUGCUGCUGCCAUCUCUGGGACUGAGCAGUUUGGAUGUUUUCUUCCGCUGGCUCUUUGACAAGAAAUUCCUGGACGAGGCAAAAGUCAGAUUCGAGUGUGUCUUCCUUCCAGAUAAUGGCGCUUUCUUUGUGAACUAUGUCACUGCGUCUGCCUUCAUUGGUAAUGCCAUGGACCUGUUACGCAUUCCUUAUUUCCUUAUGUACAUGAUCCGGCUGUGUCUGGCACGUUCAGCUGCCGAGAGGCGCAACGUGAAGAAGCAUCAAGCUUAUGAGUUCCAGUUUGGAGCUGCUUACGCCUGGAUGAUGAACGUCUUUACUGUGGUCAUGACCUACAGCAUCACCUGUCCAAUUAUUGUACCAUUUGGACUGAUGUACAUGCUACUGAAGCACCUGGUGGACAGGUAUAACAUGUAUUAUGCCUACCUGCCCUCCAAACUGGAUAAGAAAAUCCACUCUGGAGCUGUCAACCAGGUGGUGGCAGCACCCAUCCUCUGCCUUUUCUGGCUGCUCUUCUUCUCUACUGUCCGUACAGGUUUUGUUGCUCCAACAUCAAUGUUUACCUUUGUGGUUCUGAUCAUCACCAUCAUCAUAUGCCUCUCCCACGUCGUCUUCGGUCAUUUCAAAUACCUCAGUGCGCACAAUUACAAGAUCGACAUGGACAGUGUGGACAAUGGACGACCACGGCAUUCAUCUCCACCUGUCAAGUCUGUGACGUACGUCGCCCAAGUGCUACAGGACCCGAACACAGACGAGACGGGAAGUGGCGAGGACGAGGGGCAGGGGUCUUCGCAGGAUGAGGAGGUGGUGAACGAGGGUGAUUUCCAAUCAGGAGAGGACAGACUUAUUGAGAACGAGGUGCACCAGUGACCCAGGCCGGGCCACGUCAUGUGCUGAACUUCAACAUGACCAAACGGAGAUCCACUGCACCUCACUACACGCACUGAGCUUGUGAAUCCAUCACAGCUUACAGCUAUAACACUCAUUUAUCACUGAGGCUUGGAGACAGGAUGGCCAAUUGUCAAGAAUAUGGAGUGGCUUGUGAUUGUACUCCAACUAUUAGAAACUGAGUUUCAUAAUUCUUCUAUUCAACGUUUCUUGCCGUUAAAAGCGCAUGUCUAGUAAAUAAGACCAAAACAAUUCAAAUUUAUUGAAUAUGACGAAGUAAAACCGCUAUAGUGCUAUCUCAGGUGGGCAGGAAAAUUGUAUAUGAGGGUGGAUAUCACAAAGACGCAUAAAGGUCAGAUUUCACCUCCAAAUCUUUUGCAUAAAGAAAAGAUUUCUUAGGAAAUGAGUUACAUAGGAUAACAGUUUAGGAUAAUAGAUAUCUAUGGUAACCGAUAUGGUAUGAUUUAACCAAUCAGAAUCAAGUAUUUCAGACAGUCAUGUGAUCAUUUACAAUAUUUUUUUUUUAUGAGCUUUAGCAACAUCUGUAGUACGCAGAAAUACCAUCACAGAUAAUUUAUCAAAUUUUGUGAGAAAUCAUACAUAUUAGAAAUGCUUGUGGAAUAAACAUCAGUAAUAAUGGCACACAGUUAAUCUGAAUGUUUCUGAAAGUUUAGUAACAAAAUGUUACUUUCUUCAUCCCAGCUGAAAUGGCACUAUAGCACAAUAUUUUUGGAGAUGAGCAAAUUAAUUCACGCAACUUUUAUUCUUCUUUACCAAAGCGAAUGUGCUGUAUUUAACAUAGAUUAUUACAAGUCCCUCUUGUAUAAGUAAUUGUUGGAAAACACUGCAUCGAAAAACUCACUCCAGCCUGCUGAAUUAACCGAUGGUGAGGAAAAGAGCCGCCGAACACUAAUCGUCUCACCAUAUACUUGAACUGGAAAAGCUACUUUUAGACUGUCUGACAGACUCGAGUCAAAUCACCUUCCCUGGAGCUACUCUCCUGUCCACCCUUACGUCUUCUGCACAUCCAGUGUUUAAAUGUAAACCUACGCAUUGCUAAAGCAUACUUGCGCUAUGCGUAGUGUGACGCUACUUUCUAAAUCGGGCAUCAAAUGGACCAGUUUUAAAUUGUGUUGCUCUACUGUGGAAUGUUCUGUCAAUAACUGAUACUGUAGCAAAAAGAACUUAAACGCACAGCAGAUUCCCUAUGUGGGCCUAAAAGGUGGAAUUUGUGAAUGUGAAUAAUAUAUUUUUCUUUUUUGUUAUGCAUGGGUAUGAAAUAAUGGUUCCAUUAAUUUUUUUUUCUUUUUAUUGCCA